CGCGGCGAGCGGGUUCCUAGUGGCUGCGGGCGGCCUGGGCUGCCGGGGCCGCCGCCUGGGUCGCUGCCGCCGCCGCGCCUGCUGAGAGAUGGCGGUCUUGGGCGCCGAAGGCUGAGGGCGCCCGCCUGUGGAGGAGGCGCCGCCGCCGGGGCCGCCGGGGCCGCCGGGAGCCGCCGGCUUCGCGCCGGGUUGUCUCCUCACUAGACUAUGAGCUCCGUGGAAGAAGGAAUCGUGUCUUACUCAUCUUUAUAUCUCCAGUAUCUAGAACAGUUCCUGGUACAAAAUUUAAGCUGAAUUUUGGGACAUGGCCACUGCUUCGCCAAGGUCUGAUACUAGUAAUAACCACAGUGGAAGGUUGCAGUUACAGGUAACUGUUUCUAGUGCCAAACUAAAAAGAAAAAAGAACUGGUUUGGAACAGCAAUAUAUACAGAAGUAGCUGCAGAUGGAGAAAGUAAGAAAACAGCAAAAUCCAGUAGUUCUUCUAAUCCAAAAUGGGACGAACAGCUAACUGUAAAUGUGACCCCACAGACUACAUUGGAAUUUCGAGUUUGGAGUCAUCAUACUCUAAAAGCAGAUGCUUUAUUAGGAAGAGCAACAGUAGAUUUGAAACAAGCUCUGUUAAUACACAAUAGAAAAUUGGAAAAAGUCAAAGAACAAUUAAAACUUUCCUUGGAAACCAAGAAUGGUGUCGUGCAAACUGGUGAAUUAACAGUUGUGCUUGAUGGACUGGUGAUUGAGCAAGAAAAUAUAACAAACAGCAGCUCAUCUCCAGCCAUAGAAGUACAGCAAAAUGGUGACGCCUUACAUGAAGACAGAGAGCCUUCAGCAAGGACAACCACCAGGUUGGCUGCUGAAGAUACUAACGGGAUAGAUAAUCAUGUACCUACAAACACUGUAGUACAAAACUCGUGCUGUUCAUCUGUAAUUAACGGGGACAGCACACCAUCUCCAUCUCAGGUUGCUGCCAGACCCAAAAACACACCAGCUCCAAAACCACUCACAUCUGAGCCUGCCAAUGACACUGUUAAUGGAGACUCACCCUCAUCUGCACCGACUGAAAACGCUUCCAGCACGGGUACUGCAAUAGGAUCUGGAGAACCCGCCUUGUCUUCAAAUUGCACUAGUACUCCUGUUGAAGACCCUCCAGUUCAAGAAACACUGACCUCCUCGGAAAACAAUGAAUGUAUUGUCUCUAACAGUGCAGCCUUUGGAUCUGAAGCUCGAAGUACAUUAGAUCCUUCCACCUCCAAUUCUGCAAGUAGCUCUGCUUUUGAAGCAGCCAAAUUAAGACAGCCUGACGGAUGUAUGGAACCUGUCCGGCAGCAGUCUGGAGGUGCCAACACAGAAACGCUGCCAUCAGGGUGGGAACAGAGAAGAGAUCCUCACGGUAGAACCUACUAUGUGGAUCAUAACACCCGGACGACCACGUGGGAGAGGCCGCAGCCUCUGCCUCCAGGUUGGGAAAGAAGAGUUGAUGAUCGAGGCAGAGUGUAUUACGUGGACCAUAACACCAGGACGACAACCUGGCAGCGGCCCACCAUGGAGUCAGUCCGGAACUUUGAGCAGUGGCAGUCCCAGCGGAGCCAGCUGCAGGGAGCUAUGCAGCAGUUCAACCAGCGAUACCUCUACUCGGCUUCAAUGUUAGCAGCAGAAAAUGACCCAUACGGGCCUUUGCCACCAGGCUGGGAAAAAAGAGUGGAUUCAACAGACAGAGUUUACUUCGUGAAUCAUAACACAAAAACAACCCAGUGGGAGGACCCCAGAACUCAAGGUUUGCAGAAUGAAGAACCCCUGCCAGAAGGUUGGGAAAUUAGGUAUACCCGGGAAGGUGUGAGGUACUUUGUUGAUCAUAAUACAAGAACAACAACAUUCAAAGAUCCUCGCAAUGGAAAGUCAUCUGUAACUAAAGGUGGUCCACAGAUUGCCUAUGAACGCAGCUUCAGGUGGAAACUCGCUCACUUCCGUUAUUUGUGCCAGUCUAAUGCUCUACCCAGUCACGUAAAGAUCAAUGUGUCCCGGCAGACGUUGUUUGAAGAUUCCUUCCAACAGAUUAUGGCAUUAAAACCCUAUGACUUGAGGAGGCGAUUAUAUGUAAUAUUUAGAGGAGAAGAAGGACUUGAUUAUGGUGGCCUAGCAAGGUCUUUGAAUCUUUUUUCUGUUCCAUUUGUUCCGUUUUUCUUCAGGAACCUCAGUCAUGGAGAAUGGUUUUUCUUGCUUUCACAUGAAGUUUUGAACCCCAUGUAUUGCUUAUUUGAGUAUGCUGGCAAGAACAACUACUGUCUACAGAUAAAUCCAGCAUCAACUAUUAAUCCAGACCAUCUUUCAUACUUUUGUUUCAUUGGUCGCUUUAUUGCUAUGGCACUCUUUCAUGGGAAGUUUAUUGAUACUGGUUUCUCGUUACCCUUCUACAAGCGUAUGCUAAGUAAAAAACUGACUAUUAAGGAUUUGGAAUCGAUUGAUACUGAAUUUUAUAAUUCCCUUAUCUGGAUAAGAGACAACAACAUUGAAGAAUGUGGCUUAGAAAUGUACUUUUCUGUUGACAUGGAGAUUUUGGGAAAGGUUACGUCACAUGACCUGAAGUUGGGAGGUUCCAAUAUCCUAGUGACAGAGGAAAACAAAGAUGAAUAUAUUGGUUUAAUGACUGAGUGGCGUUUUUCUCGAGGAGUACAAGAACAGACCAAAGCUUUCCUUGAUGGCUUUAAUGAGGUUGUUCCCCUUCAGUGGCUGCAGUACUUUGAUGAAAAAGAAUUGGAGGUUAUGUUGUGUGGCAUGCAGGAGGUCGACCUGGCAGAUUGGCAGAGAAACACUGUGUAUCGCCAUUAUACCAGAAACAGCAAGCAAAUCAUUUGGUUUUGGCAGUUUGUGAAGGAGACAGACAAUGAAGUGAGAAUGCGACUACUGCAGUUUGUCACUGGAACCUGCCGUUUACCUCUAGGAGGAUUCGCUGAACUCAUGGGAAGUAAUGGGCCUCAAAAAUUUUGCAUUGAAAAAGUUGGCAAAGACACCUGGCUACCAAGAAGCCACACAUGUUUUAAUCGCUUGGAUCUACCACCAUAUAAGAGUUACGAACAACUAAAGGAGAAACUUCUUUUUGCAAUAGAAGAAACAGAGGGAUUUGGACAAGAAUGAAUGUGGCUUCUUGUCUUGGAGGAGCUCUUGCAUUUAAAUACCCCAGCCAAGAAAAGUUGCACAGAUAGUGUAUAUAAGCUGUUCAUUCUGUACAGUGAAUUUUCUGAAUCUCUCAAAAGUAUAAAUGUUUUCCGUUCUUCCACAGAAAUAUGCAAAACAGCUCAUCCUUUUCUACUUUAUUUAUUGUUCCCUUGAAAUGACCAGGAAAAAAAAAAUCAUCCUUAAAUUUUGAAGCAAGCGAGAGACUUUAUUAAAAAUAAGUAUAUAUCUAUAUAAGCAUAUAUGAUCAUGGCUCUAGUUUUAUAGAGCUUAGGGUGUAUUAAACGUGACAGCCACUCAUCCGAAAAUAGUCUGGAUUUGCUUUACCUUGUUUCUGUUAUCCAGGGGAAGAAGUUCAAAUUGCUCCGUGGUUUUUUCCCUGAUGUAACAUCUCUUGAGGGUGUUUAGCUGCAUGGCUGUUCAGGAAGGUAUUAAGGGCUUAGGCCAAAAUCUUACUUUGAAUAUGUUAAAAAAAAGUGCUGCUGGCUUUUCUUAAGAUGGGUGCUUGAACCUGUCAGUUUAUUUUAAAUAAAUAUAGUAGUUGAAAAUUUUCCCUCUUUGCUACAUCCCUAAUACAGUCAGUCAAGGUCAUUAAUGAAACCGUAACUUAUGAGUAAAUCAUAUACUAGAUCUACUACCAUUUAGUUUAUUCUGGAAAUUGGGGAGAAUUCACUGAGCAGCAUAGAGGUUUGUUUACAUGUUACUUUGGGAUGCUAGGUAUUUGUGGAAUUAAAAAGAAUCAGGCACUAAUAUACUUUAGUUUUAAUAUCUAUGAUGUUCUUUAAAUACAGAAUAAAUUGAUAUAAUUUGAUACUUAGGAACAUAUAAAUAGGUAAUGUGAACUUUUCUGCUUUUGUGUUCGAAAUUUUGGUUUUAUAAAAUCAGAUGGAUUGAAGACUUACAUACGCAUCUAAAUAUUCAAAUAAGUCUAAUGAUUUCCUAUUACAGUUUGAAUAUCUUCAUUCAUUCAUAUCUUAAAUUCAUGAAAGUUCUAUGUAUCUGAAUAAGCAUAUAAAAAAUAUUUUGGUCUUCCCCCCUUUUUAUAUAAAUUAUUAUUUUUGUCCUAGGUAAAUACUUUGUUUUUCAUUAUCAAAGACAUUUACUGAUCUACAAAAAUGUGUAACAAUCUGAUGCGAAUGAUAUUAAUGCUGCUUUAGCAAGUGGGGCUUCCUUAUUAAUAUAAAAAUUUAAAUUUCCACUUGUAUCAUUAUUUCAGUAUAUACUAUAAAUUUCAUAAACUUAAAAUUUUUUUAACCAUGGGAACUGACAUCUUAGAAUGUUACCAGUAACAUUUCACUAAGUACAUACAGAUAAUACUAGUAUACAAUUCAACUUCUCUAGACAAUACUUUUUGCUUUGCCAAAACUUUUCCUACAUAUUUAGAUUGUUUUACAUUUUUAUUCAGAAUUCAUAGUAAAGAUGAAAUAAAAGUCAGUGAUCCACUUGGUUGAAUACUUUUCCCAGAUCCUCAUUCCUGACUUUCUAGUUAUUCUUACGCCUAAAGAAUGAAAACAAGAGAACGAGUGCAUGAGAGGGUGCCCAGUCUUCGAAAGGGCCGCUUGGCUUAGCCGAGGGCAGUGCUGCUGAGGAGCUUUGCUGAGACAGCGGUGGCUGUCGCCCAGCGUGCGGGAAUGGCCGUGGCAGGUCUCACGAAGCUCUCAGGGUGCCUGUGCCUGCCUCCUCACUCCAGGUCCACAGGGGGCUUCAGAGAGGAAACCAGCAUCCUGGAGAGCUCGUCAGGCUCUUCUGUCUGUCGUGUUAUUCCUAGAAAUCCAGGCCUGUAGGCAGGAUAUCCUGGCUUGUCUUGGUACGUGCACUCUGGCCGUGAGAGGAACCUGAGACCUGUGUCCUCCCCUCCCUUGGCAGUGCCCGUCCUGGGCUGGGCCGAGCAGAGAGAAGUCGAGUGCAAGGCCCCUGGUGCCCAACCACAACCCCGCAGUGAGUGCAGAGGCGGUCCCAGCGCCCUUCACCCCCAGCACCGCGCAUCAGUGCAUGAGUCCACCCAUCAGAGCAGCUGCCUGCCUGCCAGGGAGAGAGGCCACCAGUGCGGUUUGUGUGUUCAGUGCUUGCAGGGCAAAAGGGCUAACCAGCACUUCCGCCCUUGGGCCUCAGGUCAGACGCCUAGCUUUUCCAGUUUUCAAAACUAGGUAGGUCGGUGCGCCAGCAGUGCUGUCAGGCAAUACCUUUUCUGUUCAUAAAAAGGACCCCUGACUGUUAUGUUAUGUCCGGACUGGGAAGACUCCAUAUACUUGACAGGAAACCACAGCUGCAGACUUCCCGGGAUGGGAAAACUCUUAAGGGCCUGUCCCUUUGGGAUUCCCGAGCUGUGACCCGGGGCGAUGGUCGUUGCAGAGCUGCAUGGAUGCGCUGCUCCGGACGCUGCUGCAAGGUCAUCCGAAUGUCAGGAAGCCUGACACCGACCACCUGGGCCAGCUUGGGUUUUGUCCAUCUGAGUGAACUGGUGCUGGAUGAAGCCUGUCACCACGGGUUUUUCGAGUCUGAAUAUUUGGUUGAACCUCCAAUGGGCAUUACAGAAUCAACCAGAAAUAUUAUCUGGCUGAAGUAGGUAACAAAAAAAAUUUUUAAAGGCAGGGGGAACCCAAACCAAUAACAGAGUAAUAGUCCAAAAGUGGCCCCUUCUGUGCUCACUUCCGCAGCACAUACACUACAGUUGGAACAGCAGUGGCAUCUCCUAAAUUCCGAAUUUUCUCUCCCCAGUCUUUGACCAAGGACAAUCAGAUGUUAACGGCAUUUUAAAAUAUUUACUGAUACUCCUGUAAAUACAUGUUUAAUCUUCAAAAUUCCAUUAAUUCUCAGGGUGUUUUGUUUUUUUCCUUGAUGUAAUUAUGUUUAUUUUAAAAAGUGAGUCUGAGAAAAAUCAUUUUUACAAAAUCUGUAACUAGUCCACUCAGGAAAAUUUCUGGCAGCAAGAGUAGGAUGACAGCCACCUUCCAAGUCAGAUGUCUGCUGUCAUCCUUAAAGUAACAGGUGCACAAGAAGGGGCAGUUGUGAUCCCCCGUAGCCCAUGUCUGUGGUAUGCUUAGAAGACAAAAUACGGCAAACUUCUGCUGACAUGUACAUGGGGAAAUAGGCAUCUCAAACUAGCAGUCCGCUCUGGAACACAAGAGCCGAGUCAAGUGGGCACUGCCCAGGAAGGGGAAUCCUGGGGCCCCAGGGCUCAUUCCCGAAAGCAGCAGUUCUCAUCCAGAGUGGAGAAAUGCCAGGAAGCAGUGUGAGACCUAGGAGGUCAGACUCCUGGGAAGUCAAAAGAGGCUGAAAAUGCGCACAAUCGGAAUCUCAGGAAGGUACCACUUCUUGGAGACAGGGGAGCUCCUCCUUUGUAAAGGGGGGGAAAGAAACAUAGCAGCUCUAUAGAAGACCCGGCAACCACACUCCUGGACGUUUAUCUCACAGAGAUGAAAGGUAUGCUGAUAAAAGUCAUACCUUAAGUUCAUAGCAGCCAAAGUUGGGAAACCACCCAAAUGCCCCAAGGUGGCUAGUUGAAAUAAACUGGCACACCCAUACAAUGAAAAAUAGUCAACAAUAAAAAGGAACUGUUGACUAAAUUUAGAUGGAUCUCAAAUGAGUUAUGCUGAAUGAAGAAAGCCAAUCUCAGAGGAUCACAUUCUGUAUGAUUCAUUUAUAUGUUUUUGAAAUGACAAGAUUAUGGAGAACUACAGAGAAUUAUUAGCAGUUGUCAGGAUUAGGGAUGGUGGCAGGGAAUGUGUAUGACUGUGAGGGACAGCACUAAGUUUUUGUGAUGGAACAGUUCUCUGUCUUCACUGUGGCAGUUACAGAAAUUUACGUGUGACACAACUGCACGGAUGACACACGCGAGGUGACUUAAAAGUGGUAACACCUGAACACAGUCUGUGGACUGUGCAGUCUCCUGGCUUGGAUACUGAACUGCAGUGACCUGUCACCAUCAAGGCACGCUGAGGGGAGGGUCCGCAGGACCUCUCUGAGUAGUACUUUUUGGGCAACUUCUUUUGAAUCUACUGCAAAGGAAAAAAUUUUAAAUAGCUCUACAUAAUAUCAAAGACAGAUCCUCCCCUCCAUAAAAGGCUUUAUGACUAAAAGAAAUCUUAUUUUACAAAACUAUUUCAUUUUGUAAAUUACUGAGGGUGUUACUGAACUAAUCCAAACUCCUUACCUCCCAUUUGAUAAAGUGGCAUUGCUGGUCAUUAAAUACAUACAAAAAAUGUCAUACCUCCAAAAAAUGACAUCCAAAGUCACUCUAAAGAGAAAACUGAAAACGAGGGCUAAACAGGAAAAAAAAAAAAAAAAAAGUAAAAUCCUUAAACACAAUAUACUAGUCUGAAUUAUAUCUAAAUAAUAAUUGCAGACAUGAAAAAAAUCCAAAUUAGAAAUUCAGAACUGGACCAAAAAACAUGAAGAUGUGAAAUGCCUACUAACGGGAAAACAAAAAAAAACUGAAGAAAAAGAAACAUCUCAAAAGUGAAGACAAGCAGUAACUAUCAGAGAACGGGAUAAAUACAAAUGUCAAGGAAGAUCUAGUACACAUAUAAGACGGGACGGUGCUUCUCUAAAGGUGGUCAGUAAGGCCAUUCUGGAAGGAGGGACAGUUUGAAAGACAGUUGGACUGGCCUUUUUAAAAAGUCAGUGCUGUGAGAGAAACAGAUGGGUUACUGUUCUAGAUUUUAAAAAACUUAAGGUGGAAAAUUAAAUGCAAUAUAUGAUCUUUGGAUCUUGGUUUCUAGAAGUAUAAGACAUUUUGGGACAUUUAAGGAUAUUUGAGUACGGCUGGAUAUUAAAGAAUUGUUAUUAACUUUCUAGUUGUAAUAUGAAUUUGUGUUUGUUUAGAAGGAUGUCUUUAUUCUGAGACAGUACUGAAAUAUUUAGGGAUGAAAUAUGUUGUCUGUUAUUUCAAAAGUUUACAGAUACUUGUAAAUAUAUGAAUACACAUAAGUAAAACACAGCAAAAGAUUA